GAGCCCCCCCACAUUAAAGAGGAACAGGAGGACCCAGAGCCCCCCCACAUGAAAGAGGACAAGGAGGAACUCUCAACCAAUCAGGAGGGAGAGCAGCUUCCAGGGCUGGAGGAGGCUGGUAUCAAGCCGUCAUUCACUCCUGUAAAGAGUGAAGAUGAUGAAGAGGAAGUUCAGUCCUCUCAGCUUCAUCAAAGACAAAAUGAACAGAUGGAAACAGAAGCUGAUAGAGUGGAUUGUGGAGGACCAGAACCAGACAGGAAGUUAGAUCCAGAAAGUGAUUCAGGACCAGAUACUGAUGAGACUGAGGACAGUGUUGAUUGGGAGAAGACUCAGGAACCUCAGUCAGAUGUGAACCCUCUGCAAAACAAAGAAGUACCUGUAAGUGAUGUGGACUGUUGUACUAGAAAUACAUCAAUCAACUUGCCUGAAUGUGCUGCCAGCUUUGACCACAAGGGACAUCUGGAGAAACCCACCAGCUCCAAAACAGGAAAGAAACCAUUUCAAUGCUCGCUUUGUGACAAAAGAUUUCGAAUCAAGAAGGGUUUAAAGAGACACAUGUUUAUCCACACAGGAGAGAAACCAUUUAGUUGUUCAGUUUGUAGUAAGACAUUUACACGUAAGGUACAGCUGGAUAGCCACAUGACUGUCCACAAAGGAGAGAAACCAUUUCAAUGCUCUCUUUGUGACAGAACAUUUGGAUUCAAAAACGCUCUAAAGAGACACAUGUAUGUUCACACAGGAGAGAAACCAUUUAGUUGUUCAAUGUGUAGUAAAACAUUUAGACAAAAAGGAAACCUGACCUAUCACAUGACUGUCCACACACGAGAGAAACCAUUUAGUUGUUCACUUUGUCGUAAAACAUUUACACGUAAGGGACACCUGAAAAUUCACAUGGCUGUCCACACAGGACCGACAAAAUUUCAAUGCUCUUCUUGUGACAAAAGAUUUGGAUUCCAUAGUGAUCUAAAAAUACACAUGGAUGUCCACACAGGAGCGAAACCAUUUAGUUCAGUUUUCCACAAAAGCACAUUUUGAAACAUUUAAUUGUUCACACUAGAGAAACAAAUUAGUCUAUAAGUCCACAAACAAAUCGACAAAUCCACAAAUAAAUGCAUAAAUAUAUUUUUGAUUUUUCUUUAAAUUUGUAUUAAUCGUAAUUUACCUGCGUGUGCAUGAAUGUAUUUGUGGAUCUUUUUGUGUGCAUUUGUAAAGUUUGAUCUAUUUGUGAAUUGUUCCGUGCGCGUUUGUGAGUGUGUGAUUGCAUUUACAAUUAUUGCGACUGAUGUGACACAAUAGUAUUCAGCUAAAUUUAAGCUACACAUCAAUUCAUAUUCUUUGCUGUGAGUUUCUCUGUUAUUGUCUUGUGCUUCAUGUGUUAUGUAUUAGAUUAGAUAAUCCUGUAUUAGUCCCACAAUGGGGAAAUUGUAGGAUCACAGCAGUGCAUUAGAGCAUUAAUAAACAAAAUACAAUAACAAUAUUAAAUGAACAGAGGAAUACAAAAUAUAUAUAUAUAUACAAGGAAGUGAUUAAAGUGAAUUGUCAGCAGGUUAAAGUGAUCCAUUUCUACACCUGAACAUUUAAACAAGUCUAAGGAUAAUACCAAUUUGGGGUUGGAAAAAAUGAAAAAUGUCCACAUCAUUGGCAUCUUGGAGUGUUUGGCCAAAUAAGUCGGCCCAUCCGAUGUUGUCCCACAGCGCCGCUCGUCGGCUCCGUUCGGACAGUCCUUCUGCCCGUUGCACUGCAAAGCCUGGGGGAGACACUCGCUUAUGUUCCCACAGGGGAGCUGGCUGAGGGGACAUCGAGCGCUUCCGUCCAGCCGGCCGGCCAGCAGCGCGCUCUCCGUUGUCCUGUCCGCUCGUAUAACCCGUCGAGCGCAGCGUGCGUGUCCGGAGUGAACUCCGUGAGCCAAGUCUCCGUUAACACCAUGAGGCUCCACUCCCGGUACUCGCUCUGAUGGCGGGUCACUGCCGUCAGCUCGUCCAUCUUGGUGACGAGAGACCUCACGUUUCCCAUGAUGAUGGAGGGCAGGACAGGUUUAAAACGUCUUCUCCUGGCCCGUCGCGUUACCCCUGCACGGCAUCCCCGUUUCCUUCUCCGCAGCUCGUGGGGAACAUCAGGUCUCACCUCGGACAGCAGCACCGCCGCGUCUCCAAAAGCCACCAGGUGGUCCCCUGAGUAAACAAACAUGGUCUCCAUGGCUACGUGCGGGGUCCCCAGACACGGUGGUGAAAAUAGAUAAAAAACAGCAUAAAGACCAUGACAAACUUGACGUGUCUCGCUGUCAUAGUGCGCUGAUUACUCCGAUAGUCAGGGGAGGGGGGGGGGAAGUAGCAACAGAGUAACAUAAAAUACAAAUAAUAUAAGAAAAGCUCAAGUGCAUUGGAGCUGCUGUGAAAGGCAGCCACUUGUGCGGCGCCUAGCAACCAGCAUUGCCAUGUAUAUAUGAAUUUAAAUUGUUUUACAUUGUCAAAGUGUUUCAUGUCCUCUAUGCAGCACUGUGGUUUGAGCUGAAUUAUCAUAGGACAUGAAACUGAGGAACAUUUGUAACCUUCUUUCUCUUCAGCAACGUUUUCUCUUCAGUUUAAACUCAAUACUUCCUGAAUUUAGUUUUAUUGUAGAAACUGACAUUGUAUUCCAUAACUGAAGAAUGACUGAAUUGAGAAAAGAAUUGUGGUUAAAUGCCUCCUUCCUCCUUACUUCUUCAACAUCAUCCUCUCCUGAUCUCCUCUCUUUGAGAUUUAGGGAAUCCUUUGUUUUAAGACGUGAAUAUUUUACCUUUUGUUGACCGAACGUUCUCUCUUUGAUUCACUAGUAUUGUAACAGCUAUUCAAGUAAUGUGUUGUUGUUGUUUUCUUGGUGGCUAACAAACAUUUGGAAAGUUCAGCCAAUGUUUCCACCACAAUGACUUCAGUUCAAUGUUGUUCUUCCAUAUUUGUCCCAGAGUUUGUAAGCAAGCUGCAGCAGACGGUUUUUCCUUUUAAACUAAAUAUGUGUGUUCAUUAUUUAUGUUUGUUAAUGGAAGUUACAUUUAAAAUGUGCAUAUAAAAUGUGGAAUGAAUUGCCUUCAUUUAUGAAAUGUAUUAUUCACUGAUAUGAUUCCCACUCUGUUACAUCCAGUCCACCAUGUUAUCUGAGUUUAUUUGAUGAUAAUUAAAUAAAAUAAAAAAAUAUUGAGCA